UUUUUUUUUUUUUGGUUUUUUUUUUUUUUUGCUUCUAUUUAAACCCGGCUUGUUUGCUUUUGUUACCGUGAUCGGGUUCCCAGUCUGGUUAGCUUGGAUGCUUGUUGUGCUCUCGGUAACAUUGAGUUUUGCUUCUCCAAGCUCUGUUAGUCACCCUUGGGUUCUGCUGGGAUGUGUGCUUGUCUGUCCCGCUGUGCUUUUAAUACCUGAAUUCCUCCAUGGGAGCUGAAGGGAUUUUUUUUUAACCAAGAUUUUGAUAGGAAAGUCUUAAUAGAGCAGAGUGCUUUAACCACCCCAAUGGCUGAUUACAUUUGCAGGUUGCUCUGCUCAGUCAGACGUGGAAUCUUUUGUUCUGAGCCUCCUUGGACAGGCCAAAUCUGUUUGUUCUCUGGUUGCUGGCGUUGUCCUGCGGCCAGCCCCUGCCCUAGUGGGAUCUGAGCACCCACGUGGAGGUUUCCAGGUGUCUCUUGGCCAUAAAUUGAAGACAGCUGCCCUGGAAGGGAUGUGCUGUCCUUCCCUGUGCUGUCCUGUCAUCAGCACCACGCAGCCCUUCGUGCCCACCACCCCUCGUAGCUGCCCUGAGCUCCGCAGCUGUGACUUAGUGCAUUUUCACAUUGUCUCCAUAAGCAGGUGGGCAGCUCAGCUGCCCCUCCCCUCCUGGCACAGCCCUGCCCUGGGAGGAGGAUCGUGAUGCCCAGCUCUGCAGUGAGGAAGAGCAGCCGAGGCGGCGACGAUGACUGCCAAGAACACCGAACCCAAUGGCCCCAUGCGGGAGCCAGCGGUGGGGGGCACGAAGCCGUCAGCCCCCCCUGCCCCACCACGACGCCGUGGACGUAGGCUACGGCGCAAGUCACUGCCAGAGGUGGCGGUGAAGGGACAGCUUCGCAUGCGCUCGCCAUCGGGAGCCUUCGUCAUGGUGGGCAUCUCAGUGGUCUUGGUGGGCAUGACCAUUGCUGUGGUGGGCUACUGGCCCCACCGGGGGCAUGGAGGUGCUGGGGCUGGAGCAGGGAAUGCCAGCACGGCGGGGGACAUGAGGAGGGAGGUGGUUGCUGGGCGCCCCAUGGCCCACAAUGAGAAGCUGAAGCUGAUCGGCCCUGUCAUCAUGGGCAUCGGGCUCUUCAUCUUCAUCUGUGCCAACACCAUGCUCUACGAGAACCGGGACAUGGAGACCCGCAUGCUGAUGCAGAAGGGUCUCUACUGCAUGGCCACGGAUCUCCCUAAGGGGACCAGCCCCAAGGAUGGGGACGCCCAGCUGGCACCCAAGGCCAGCCCUGAGUGCUUGGAGGGCUGCUACGAGGUGGACCUGUCCCUGGGCGGCAAGUGGGCUGAUGGCUAUGGCCCCAACAGGCUGCAGACCACGGCCGAGCUCAUGCAGUGCCCAGGGGCGUCCCCAGCUGCCUCGCUCCUCAGCCUCCACUCGGAGGCCAACCUUGGGCUCUCCACCACUGUCGGGGCCUUGGCGCUGCCCAUCAUCAAGCUCAACAACCGCUUGCUGGAUGCUGCCUCAAGAGGGGCCAGUGGGAUGAUAGAGGGAACCCACCCCCCUGCUGAAGGCCUGGUGCCCUCCCGGGCCCUGCUGUCCCCCAACGGCAGCAGCGUUGCACCUCGGAGCCUGGAGCACUGCAGCGGCCAUGUCAUCGUCAACAUGGAGGAUGGCGGCCCCAUGGUGGAUCUAGGCCCCGACGCUCAGCCCCACAACCCGGGGCACUCCAAGUCCCUGGACCUGGGCCGGCCGGGGGUGCUGCUGGUGGCUCCCAUCAAGGACCGUAAAAACCGGAGCUGGCCCCGGCUUGACCACGUCAACGCGGUGGCUUACGCCAAACUGGAGAACUGGGGCGAGUCCUUGGACCGGCUACUGGAGACUGGCGGGACGCCACAGCACACCGAGCCCCGGCCCAGCUCCUGGGUGGUGGGCAUGGAGGGCGGCUCGCGGGUCUGACAGCCCUGGGGUUGAGGGUUUGAAGCAGAUGAUGUGAUGCCGAGAGGUCCCCAAGCUUGGGGAAGGCUCCUGGGUUGGGACCUUUACUCCUCCCCGCCUGCCUCCUCUUCGUCACCACCUUCCCUGGGGAUGCUCUCAGCCUUACAAAGCCCUUCUGCUGACAGCUUUCCUGGAGGAACCCUCUCUUGGAGACCCACCGUGGACCACGGCAUGGGGUUGGGGUGAGCAAAGCACAAGGGGCUCCCCUUGCCCAGCCCAAUGGGAAAUUUGCUUGAGCAGAGCCUGACAGGGCCAUUAAAUGUUACCUUGAUGCCAUGCAGUGCUCCCUUGUCUCAUACUCAGGGUGGGAGUGUGACAUCCCCACCACUGUGGCUCUAGGCAGUGCGGGAACAUGUGUGAGGAAGGUGGACAGGGAGAGCUUUACCUGGAAAAACAUCCCCGCUUCACUGGAGCCCAUCACCAGGCCUUGCAAAUCUCUGCUUUCCCUGGAAUUACCUCAAACCUGGGUACAAACCCAUCCCAUCCCUUUUCCUUAAGCCUCUGUGCCCGGAGGACUCGGUUUCCCAUAGGGAAUACCAAAGGGGUGGUAUGGAUGGCGUUGUCCUAAAAGCAGAGGUGUUCAUUGUGCCGGUCCUGCGGGGUUUGUGCCUCAUGGGGUCCUGCUGCCUGCACUGGGGCUCAGCUCCUUCACAGCAACUCCGUGCAGAUGUGCCCUGCUGCUGAGGACGUGCAGAGAGGUGACAAGUUCAGGGUGAUGCAAAAGGAGCCCGGGGAGCUGCAGAUGUCGGUGCUGCUGCCCGCUUCACGCUGCUCAGGCAGCUGCAAUUUUCAAGCAACAAAAUGGAGAAGCUCCUGGAGUGCAAUUGCUUCCAAAGCUGAUUUUGGGGUGGUGAUAAUUUUUAUUUGGAUGCGAGCAGCAGGAGGAUGCAGUGGGGCAGAGAGGGGGGCUGGCACUGGUGUUACAGUGCUGCUCGUUGCCCUUGUGUUAUUUGGUGCCAUUUGGCUGCGGGAUGGGAGCUGCUGGAGCUGGGCCCAUGUGUGGUGCCUGCACUGGGAUCUCGGGUCCGAUGGCCUUGCUGCAGAGAAGGGAAGCAUCUGCUGCUCCUUUCGUGAAAAUGUGCAAUUUUUGUUGGAGAGCUUCUUCCCCAGCCCCACGUGGUGCCUUUGCCAUGCCCUGAUUUACCGCGGGGAAGGAGGGGAUGUCCAUCCCAGAAGGUCCUAGGAGAGGAGCAGUGGUGGCAGCAGGAGGGCACUGGGGGUUCCCUGCUUGGCUCUGGUGGAGGUUCAGGAGCCAGGAGCCAAACCCUGGAUGGGAUGUGGGGUGGGACAUGGGGGGCACCAGGUGAGUGCAUGGCUGCAGCGCAUCCUUCUGCUCCCCCUCACUCACUGGGAUCACGUUGCUUCCAUUAAGACAAACCAGAGAAGGUUGUUUUGCAGCACUGUGGUCCACGCCUGAUCCUGCUGCUGCUCCAGUGCUCAGCAGAGCCCCCCCCUCCCCAGUUCUUUCCAGCAGCAGCUGGGGACACGUCCCCAAGCAUCCCAGCCCCUCUGCAGGCUCCAGUGGAUCCCUGCUUGGAGCUGCUGCUCUCACCAGCGACUUGGGAGGCACAACAACGUGGCACUGCUGCUUGAGCUGGAUCCCUGCCUCUCCCAUCCCAAGAACAAAGCCGUGGUGUGGGGAUGAGUGUCAGCGGCUGAAAUACGUCUUCUCUGCGUGAAAUGGUUUUGUUUUCUCUUCUGAUCCCGUCCCUCUGAAGCAAGCAUGGAGCUUUGGGGCUUGGAAGCUGCAGGAUAAUGCCUUUCUUCAGCCUAAGCCAUCUCUGCAGAACAUUGUGGCUUGGUAGCCGCGUGCUCUGGCACAAACACAUCGCAGCAGAGCAGCCCCAUCCCAGCUGCUGGCUCCUGUCACUGCCCCUUCUGUCCCCGAGUGGGGCUGUGCUGGUGUGGGGGACAGGGGGUGGGAGAGCAGGAGCUGCCAUCGUGUGCCACCUCCUUGCAUCCCCCCCCCUCCAUUAAUGAUGCGAUAGCACGUGGCACCAGGGCUGGGAAGAGGCAGAUGAAAGCCUACGAGGCUCAAACCACCAACAUUAGAGCAGUCUGGGCUUUUUUUUUCCCUCUUGGGAAAUUUGGCAUUGUUUGUUGCUUUUCUUUUCAGGAUCUGCUUCACGCUUUCUUGCCUCCACUUUGCUACAAAGCGACCCAGGAAGCAGACAGGGGCUGGGGGUGGGUCCCUGCUUAACCUCCAGGUGAUGCUGCGCUCAUUCAGCGCGUGACCCAACCAGCCAAAAAGCCACCAAAGGGCUCCUGGGGCAGGAAUGCACUCGGGGGCUAUUUGAGAUUGAAAAUAACUUUUCCUUUGCAUGCACCCACACGUCCCCCAGCUCUGCUGCUGCCCUGGGACGCGGUGUUGGAAGCGCCGUUGCAGCGCUGCUUCCAUCCCAUCCCACCACAAAGUUAAAGCAUCCUGAAAGCAUCUCAGCGCCGUGCAGCUGUGGAACGUGAUGCCUUAAUGUGGGACAAAAAAUAAAAAAGGACAAUGUACGGAAAAGAGACGGAGGAGAAAUGCUGGCAUUUUGCAGGGUAAGUUUGAGUUUUACCCAGCUGGGGAGCGCUGGGCUGGGCAGCAUUGCCCACAGCUGUGCUGAGCCCACCCAGCACCAGCAGCUGCUCAGCCCUGGGCUCAUUUCCCUUCCUGCUCUCCUCCCUGCACUGAGCAAACUCAGAGCUGUAAUGCUGCCCGUUUGGUAAGUCUUGUCUAUUUAUUUCUACCCCUCUAAAGGUUUAAAGUCAAUGUGAAGGAAAGCACUCUGCUGGUGGUUGCAGGCCUGUAGUGCAGCCAGGGAGUCCAAGUGUUGGUGCAUUAUUUAGGGAGGGCUCUCUCUGCCAUAAAUCUCAGGGCACGGGCGUUGAGUGGAGGAGGGGGAGGUGAGGGGCUCAGUGCAGCCACUUGAUGAGAUCCCCAUGGUUAAGCACGAGGGUCCCUGCGUGGGGAUGGGUUGUGCCCCAUGGUGACGGAGCCUUCUGAGCUCAGUGCAUGGGAUUUCGGGUGCUACCUUUGGUUGGCCGUGUCAGUGAGCUCUGAGCUCGCAUCUCGGUGCUCAGAACCUGGCCGAGGUUGCUGGCUUUGCUGCAGCCUUUGUAGCUUUGGGAGGGUCCCGUUGGGAAGCUGAGUUCCGAAGCCUGAAUUCGCCAUCAGCUGCUGUCAGCACCCCAGCUGGUAAGGAUGGGAACGUGGGGAUCUGGGCUCUGUUCCCACUCCAACAAAACUCCCCUGGAGAAGCUUUGUGGGUGCCUGGCGCUGUGCUGGCUCUCUCCUGUAGGACCCUUUAGCUCCUGGGUGGCCGUUAACCUCGAGGCAGCUCCCUCAGUUCCUCCAAGCAGAGGUUCCAAAUAGAAAACUUCCAGAGGGAUGUGACUUAGAAGCGCUCCUUCAUGCUCUCCUUUCCACCUCUGAGCCCCUCCUGGAUGGCACUGAGGUGUCCCUGUCCCUGAGAAAGGUUUGGCUGCUGUGUGGGUUUUGGAGGAGGGAUGUGGUGGUGAUGGAGUGGACCAAAGCGAAGUAAUUAAGAGUGUUGUCAUGUCUGAGAAGCACAGUGCAGAGCAGCAACUGGGCUGUACUGGUGUGGUGUGCUCUGGGCUGGGCCUCCUGGAGGUGCUCUGGCGUGGGGCUGGGGGCUGGGAGCAGGAGGGAUGCUCAGAGCAUUGAACUGUGCUGGUAGAAAUGGGGACCAGGCUAUCACGAGGGCACCAGAGCUGCAGCACCCAUGGGUGCUGGUGCUACAGUGCGUGGAGCCCACGGAUCUUGGUGGGGCUGAGGCACUGGGGGAGAGUUUCCAGCCCUGUCCCCACCCCUGGGAUGCAGGGGUUGGGGUGCAAGCCGGCCCCAGUGCCCCUCGUGGUUCCUGGGCAGGGAGUGGGGCUGUGGGUCCUGGGUGUCACAAGCGACAGCACUGACUGUCCCCAGCAGCCUCCCAAAAUGGCAUGAACAGCCUAAAAAUAUCCCCAUCUGGGGAUGCGGGUGGGAAUGUUCUGCUCCCGGUGGGCCCAGGAAAGGGGUGGGAGUGGGGGAGCAGUGGUUUUGGCUCCUCUUAAUGGAUGGGAGCUGCGAGACAGAGCCUUGGCGUGGGGCCCCACAGGAGGUCUGGUCUGGGACACGGGUUUGGUGGUUUUCCUUUUUUACUGGGAUUUCUUUGCAUUUCCAUGGUGUUUGUUUGCCUGUUUUUAUUUCCCUUGCUCCCAGGCAGGCUCUGUAUGGGGGGAGGGGAGGAACUGAGGCAGGGGUUAAAGGGAUGCAGAGCCCCAGGCCAACCCCUCACCUCAGCAGCUGGAUGCUGUGCCAAGUUUUGCUGUUUCUGACCCCUCUGCAUCUCCCAGGGCUGCUCCUGCAGGGACGGGGUCAUGCACAGGGGACUUCAGCAGCCCCCCUCAGCCCUAGGGCAGGGUUAUUCCAGGAGCAUUUUGGGCUGGCUGGCGCACACACUGAUCCUAAUGGGGUUGGACAACGCUCGGAGCCUGGGGUACCGCGGGCUCCGUGACCCGAUGCGCUUUUCAGCUUCGCCUUGCUGUGCUGGGUCGGUCACAUCGUGUUGGAAACUGAUGGAAGAGGCAGCUCCAGCGGAGGCCGUUUCCCAACUGUUUGUGGUCCAUUUCUAUGGCUCUCUCCCUAAAUCUUGCCCGCAGCGGCGUGCUGCGAUUGGAAACGUGGAGAGGUUCAAGAGCCAGCUGGCCCCCGGCGCAGCACCGCCGAGCGCGCCGCGUCAGCGCUCCUGUUGGUAUUCCCGUUGCUCUUAGAGAUGCUGCAGAUGGGAUGCCAAAAAGAAAAAAAAAAAAAAAAA